CCUAUUUGAUGUGCAAUUUUGGGAGGGAGUGACGCGCACUCACGCUGGACGCAGCUCCUCAGAAACGAGGAAUUAUAGAGCCUCAUCAACGCACACCCCCUAAAAAUCGCGUUACUCACCUUCCAUAUUCUCUCCGUUAUCAAAUGCUUGCCAUUCUCCGCCACGAUCAACUCGUGUAUAAAUGAUCACGCGCCGCUUCAGUGCGUCACGGCCUUGUGCAGUUUCUUCACCUUGCCAUUCGCAUCAAGGCUGUCUCUGCCUCGACGCCAAAGCUCCGAUCCAUGGCACUGUCGCCGGCGAGAGGUUGCUCGGUUCUCAUGGCCCUGCUGCUCGUGGCCGUGGUCGCUGCCGCCGUUGCUGCGGCGCCGGCCGUGGCAGCGGCCGACGCGAAGUGGGCGCCGCCCGGGGAGCGCCACGGAGCGCACUCCCACAAGGCCCCGGCGCCAGCGCUGCCUUCGGCAGCUGCGCCAGCCGUAGCGCCUCCUACCCACGGGACGGCAGCGGCGGCGCCUGGCCCGGCCCCGGCGACGCCACCUCAGGGAGCGGAGGCGCCCGCCCCAUCGCCUGACCACAGCGGCGGUGCGGCUGCUGCUGUGCUGUUCGCGUGGCCGACUGUGCUCCUGGUCGCCGCCGGCGCCGUGGCCGCUGCGACGAUGGUCUGAAACUCCGAAUGCUGCGGUGUUUGUGUUUUUUUUUUUUUUUUUUUUACUGCGGUGCAGUGUUGGUCAUAAUGUAAUCACUACUCAGUAUAUCUGAUUGCGUUGUAUUAUGUGCAAUGAUGAAGAAUCUUUGAUGCA